AUGCCGCCACGCAAGGGCGACGUGGCUCUUGUGCGCCACCCUCGCCAUGGUGUCACUUGGCCAGCCUUGCUGAUUGAUCUGCGUGAGGGUCGCGGCGGGCUCAUAGGAGAAUACCUUGUGUUUGACGACGAGUAUCCAACCCCAGUGCGCUACCAGAUCAGUCGCAGCCAACCUUUUACCCAGGACCACAUCCCCAACGUGGAGCUCCCCGUCCCAUUGGUUCCAGCCUAUGCUUUUGCCAUGGAACAAGCGCGCAAGAUUCAGAAGCAAGCACGCCAGACCCGCCUUGCCAAUCUGCACCAGGGUCCCGAAGGUCCUUCACUGAAAAUGCCUCAAAACAGCACGCGCGACCAAAGUACGCGCAGUCAGCGUUCAACACCAACCACUGUUGCUCGACCAACGCCGGGCAAGCAAGUUGUUGUGACAAUCAUCGAUGAUGAUGAUGAUGAUGAUGACGACGACGACGACGACAACGACAACAGCAAAGGGGCAGAGAAGCCAGAGACCAAGCCAAUUGCAAAAACCACAGAACCCUCCAACGUGCAAGGCAAGCACUCUGCCAAGAGGAAAAAGAUUGAUCCUCGUAAUCCUGACCAGGGAGUGGAGGUGGAUGCCACGGAAAACAGCGACAGUGACGAUAAUAGCAAUCAAAAUCGCACGCGGCAUCGCCGGAGCCGAUCCCAGCGUCAAAGCCACGCCAAUGCUUUGUCUAGCCCAACGGUAAAGCGAGAGACACGGGCCAUGCAAGCCAACCAUCGGCGAUCAUCGACUCAGAGCGGUGAUGAUGCUCCGGUGGAACCCGCGAAGCAGCACUCUUCACAUCGCGGGGCCAGGUCCAACACCGGCCGCUCAAGCAAAACAGCCUCCAGCCUUGAAAACCCCAAAAUGGAUUUAAGCAAGGAUGACGUGGGUACUGAGCCUCAACUGGUUGAUUCAAUGCAGAGCACCUCGCCCGAGUCCCCGCCCUCUCGCAGUAAACGGACCAAGACGGAACAAAAGUCUGGCGCGCAUCACCCCAACGCUGAGAGCCUGCGUGCAGAAGAGCAACCCUCCGAGCCCGUGGACCUGGAAGCCACUGACGCCGCUGACGCUGAACCCUCGAUUGAGUCGCUCCCCGUCGAAGGCGGCCGCGACAUUGUGCAGAUUGAGGUUAAUAGCGAGGCGACCUGCGCGAUCUGUCAUUGCAAAUCUUCGAUGCAAGAAAUGGUCGUCUGCAAUGGCGACUGCGAUCAGCGCGUGCACCUCAUUUGUGUACAGCCACCCAUGGUUUACCUUCCCAAAGAACUUCGCAGCCUAAGACCUUACUACUGUGAUCCCUGCAACAGGCGUUACACUUGCCUCAUCUGUGGCGACCAGGCAGCUCCCUUUGGCUCCAAGGACUUGGUUGCUGAUCAACCAAGUGCCGUGAGCAUACCGGAUGCGUGGCUUCUCCUCACGUACACGGCCAUCGCGGCAACACAGCCAGGCUACAAGUCGGACAACUACUACUUGCUCAAAUGGCGUGAUGUGGCUUAUAUUCAUGCAACGUGGGCUCCAGAGGCCUGGGUAGAACGCACCCUGAAACGUCGCCUCAAGAAUUUUAAGGCACGGCAUGACGAGGGUGAGCUGGACCAGGCAGAGGAUUGGGAGUCUGUGGUACCACGGACAUACUGCAUCGUCGGCCGGGUUCUCGCCGAGUCGCAAGAUGAGUCCAACGAUCGCAUCGUGGUGCUCGUUAAAUGGCUGGGCCUGGAACACAGCGAGGCAACUUGGGAAUACAAAGACGAUAUUCAGGAUGUGACGGGCUUCAAAGAGGCCAUGGCCCAAUUUGAGAAGCGCCGCAAGGGGAUCGCCGAGGUCAAACCGCCGCCACGCCGUCAAUUUCGCUUUAAAUCGUUGAAAAAGCAGCCGUCGAACAUUAAGCAUGGCGAGCUUCAUGACUACCAACUGGAGGGACUCAAUUUCCUAAUUUUCUCAUGGAUGCGCAACCGCAACGUGAUUUUGGCCGAUGAGAUGGGGCUCGGGAAAACGCUGCAGACCAUUGCGUUUGUCUCGUGGCUAAAACACACUGCACAGCGCGGGCCGUUUCUGAUUGUGGCCCCGCUUUCCACGUGUCCCAAUUGGGAGCGCGAGUUUGCCCAGUGGGCCCCCGAUCUGCAUGUGGUCACGUUCAUUGGUGGCGCAAGCUCACGCGAGGUGAUCAAGCAGCACGAGUUGUACACUCCGGGCAAAACACGUCGCCGUCGAUUCGACGUUAUCAUCACCGCAUGGAAUGUCAUUUUGAGCGAGGCUGCUGUCUUUCGCAAAGUGAAAUGGGACUUGUUGGCAGUCGACGAAGGUCACCGUCUCAAGAGUAGAUCAUCACAGCUCACGACUGUGCUAGAGAGCUGUACCAGCGAUUUUCGCAUCCUACUGACCGGCACGCCGCUACAGAACAAUCUGCAGGAACUUUACAAUCUCCUCAUGUACCUGAAUCCAGAGGAAUUCAAAGAGUUUGAGGGGCGUGAGCGUUUGUCUGACGAGGAGACCAAAGAGGAAAUUGCGACGCUCAAGCCCAAACUGAAGAAGCACAUGUUGCGUCGGCUCAAGACCGAUGUCUUCAAGGACAUGCCACAAAAGGUUGAGGUGGUGGUUCCCGCCAAGCUGAGUAGCAUGCAGCGGCGCUUUUAUAAAGAGUUGCUGGCCAAAAACUAUUCAUUUCUGACGGCCACCACGCAAGGCGUCAGUUCACUCAAUAACCUUCUGAUGCAACUGCGCAAAUGCGCCAACCACCCAUACCUCUUUGACGAUGCCGAGCCUGAAGUGGAGGACCACGACGCCAUGGUCAAGUUACUUGUCGGGGCCUCGGGCAAAACGCUGUUGCUGGACAUGAUGCUGCGCAAGCUCAAGGAGCAGGGCCACCGUGUGCUGAUUUUCUCACAAAUGACGCGAAUGUUGGACAUUCUGCAAGACAUCAUGAUGUAUCGCGGUUAUCACUGUUGCCGGCUGGAUGGCAACACGGAUAUCUUGACACGCCAGGAGCAGAUUGAUGAAUUUUCCCGGCCAGACUCGGACGCCUUUGUAUUCCUGCUGUCCACUCGUGCCGGUGGCUUGGGCAUCAAUCUGACGACAGCAGACACCAUCAUCAUAUUUGAUUCGGAUUGGAACCCCCACGCUGACUUGCAGGCGCUCGCUCGGGCACAUCGCAUUGGCCAGAAAAACCUGGUCAUGGUCUACCGGUUCGUGUCGGUCAACACUGUCGAAGAGCGAAUUUUGCGUCGAGCCCGUGAGAAGCUGCGGCUGGAUCAGGCCGUGCGCAUGGACAAGCUGAAGAAGAGCGAACUGGAUCAAUUGCUCAAGAGUGGAGCGCAGGGCUUAUUUGAAGAGCAAGAUGAGGCUGAGAUUGUCUAUGAUGACAAGGUCAUUGAUGCUCUGUUGGACCGUGAAAGCCAGGCAAAGAGCCGCGAGGCGCAAGAGCAAUCCGAAGCCGAGAUAGCCCAGGCGCAAAACGAUCUCUUUGCUGACUUCAAGGUGGCACAGUUGAGCACGGACGCAGGCGCAGGCGAUGAGGCACCGGUGGGCAAGGAGGAUGGGGCAUUGGCCAUCUCGACCGAUGACGACGAGUUUUGGCAAAAGUUGCUCAAGGACCGAGCUGCCGCGCUCGAGACGACCAAGGAGGAGGAGCAAAAGCUCGGACGAGGACAGCGCAACCGCGCACCUCCAGGGCGUAGUCGAGGCUUGGAUGGCGAGAAAGGAGGCAAGGGCCGAACCCACGGCGAGGCAGACACUGAUCCUGAGAUGGCGCGGGCGCUAGCUGAGAGCCGGCGCGAGGCCGAGCAGUCUCUUGCUGAAGGGGGAUCGGAAAGUGGGACUGGAACUGCCGAGGCCGAGCAGCAACCCGAUGCCCAGCCCCGGGUCAUUGGCAAUGGACUACGCUCUUACGUGAUUGGCCCGGCGCCGGCCAGGCUUCAGCCUUGCCAGCCAAACCUCACGUAUGAGCUCCAAGAUCCACAGUACGCGGCGGCGCUGGCCCAACUGCACCAGCUGGAGGCUAGCAGUGGUGACUCAGCCAAGUGUCUACCGCUGCCCGUCUGCCGCACCAACGCUCACCCCAAGAUCUUGUGGAAGAUUCUGCGGCAGACGGGGCUGGUGGCCACCUUCAAGCCCAACUUCAAGGAGUUUGUGCUGCUGCCUAGCUGGUACUUUGGCAAACCGCGCUGGCUCACAACCCACUUUAGUCUGGCAACGCCGCCGCGUGGCGCUGAUAUCUAUCGCGAGUUUCGGAUGCAGUAUUUAGCCAAGCAAAAGAUGCGCAAAACCGCAAGCAAGAACAUGAUCCGGGACGAGUGGAUGAGCAUGGCGGGUUUGCAGCGGGCACCCUUUCUGAUUCAGGCGCGCAGUAUGAACCAGAGUUUCCAGGCGUGGCGAGCUGAGGCCGAGGCUUGGGUACGGGCGCGACUGGAGCGCAAUAACACGCUUCAAAGCACGUUGAUGAUGUGCAGUGCACGUCCGUUCGUCGCAUUGGGCCACCCGCGCGCCGUGAUUGAAUCGCUGCUGAGCCCGCACGACCUGACAUGGGAGAGCGUUGAUCUAGCAACCAUGCCGCCUGUCAUGACCGACGUUUUGUUUAUGUACGAGUUAUCACCAAACAUGGACAUGGCCGUACCCUACGACGGGGUGGAGUGGACGGAUUUUCGCUACAACGACAUCAAGGUGGCGGAAUGGCCCAACGUGGUGCUUCAGUGCGCAUCGGCACUACGCCACACAAAAGGUCAUGUGCCCAUGCCGCCCAACUGGAAUGCAGGGCACUACAAUGUGCACUUGCCGAGCAUUCGGCUCCGGCUGCGAGUUUUUACUCCAAAUAGCGAGGGCAAGCUUUGCCCGUCCGGGCGGGCGCUCAGCCUUUCCGUUUCCCUGGCAAAGCUGGCCAGCAUGUCUCCUUGGAACCGCAUCUUGGCAGCGCACACUGCCAGCGAGUUGGAGCGACUGCGGGCCGAGGAGGAGCAGUGCCAGACACAGCUUGAGCACUUGAAGCGGAUGCACUUUCCCGUGUACGAAGACGCACCGGCCGAGGCGACCACGCCAGCGCCAGCACCCUCGAGUUCAGCUGCCAGUGUUUCCAACCCGGCUGUGACAGCAACUGCACCGACGAUGGGUGCGACAUCCAAGACGGGGGUUGCACCUACGCCGGGACCUACCUCCUCCAGCACUGGCUCACACACGCCACGCUCACCACGCGCGUCGCCACCCCGCCACGGUUGCAUGCAACGGCCCGAGACUUGGGAGGAUUUGGCUGGUGUCGCAGAUGGAAUACCGGCCGCCAAGGUAGCCAAGUCAGACGCUGCUGGACCUUUGCGAUUGGGGGAGGCGUUUGGCCCAUGGGCAGGGCAGGCCAUUAGCAAGCACGUGCGUGGCGAUAGCUAUCCCCGGCUGGAGAAGCUACAGGUGCCAGUGCAUGGAUAUCGUGUUCUGGGGUGCCCACACACGGGCAACGCGCACCACGUGUGCAGCGUGGGAUGCGCUCUCCGGUUUGGAUUGUUGGCACCCAUGACGGCAGCCUGCCCCGAGUUGUUAUCAACCUGGGGGCUGACGGCCCAGCUGAUGGACGUGCAUGUCCGACAUCAGCCGGGCACGGAGGAGUACCAAGUGGCGGUACGCGAGCUGAUGCGCGAAUGUGACAUUGCCCACGCUCAACUCUCGGGCCUCAUCACCGAAGCCGCCGAACUCACCAGCCACGUUGACCCCGAGCCAUGAUCUUAAAUGACAACGGAACAUGAGAACAAUUUUUAUGGAUGUGCACAUUGGCGCGAUUGUGCGUAUGGGGCUGAGCCCCUCCCCACACCUUCAUUUCUUUGAAACUCGUGUGGUGGAACGCGCUGCUUCGUUAUUCAAGAGAUGCUGUUGAGUAGAAUGCAAGCAUUGACACAGGCACAAGUGUGUGUAUGUGUGCGUGUGUGUGUGCGUUGAGUUGAUGAAUGGCAAUGUUG